GCUAAUUAAAGUAAAAAAUCAAUUCAAUAUGUGGCAUUUGAUGAUGCUUUACAUGUUGCUGUUGCCCUGGAGAGGAUGGGCAUUGAUCUGCACACGUCAUCCGAAGAAUACGAAUACGCUCAAAUCGCCGGUGGAUGAGAACUAUGUGAUAAGCGUGACGGGCAAUCCGGAAACUUAUAUACUGGGACAGGAAUACAACGUUUCCCUGAAUGCAUUCAAUGGACAUCGCUACAUUAGCUAUAUACUCGCCUUGGAGAAUGAGAAUGGUGACUUUAGCUAUAUGAACGAUCUGGGGCGAUUUGAGUUGAACGAUUUGAUCGAGACACGUUUCAGUCCGAACUGCAUCAAUAUGGUGGAGAACACGAACACCAAUCCCAAGACCCAUAUGCAUUUGACCUGGAUAGCGCCCAGUGAACCGGGCAACGGUUGCAUCCUGAUACGUGCCACUGUGUUGCAACAUCGCGACGUGUGGCACAUGGACGAUGGCGGACUGACGAAACGCAUCUGCGAGGAGGUCGUCGACGAUGUCGAAAGCCAGCCAACGGCCAGCACCUUAAACCUGGGUCCCUGCUGUGCCUGCGAUGAGGCCCGAUAUGAGCUCACAUUCGAGAGCAUCUGGUCGCGAAAUUUGCAUCCAAAGGACUUUCCCGCUCGCGGCUGGCAGACGCGCUUCUGUGAGCUGGUGGGCGCCGCACACAGUUCCGACUAUCGCUUCUGGGAGUCGGGUGCGCUGGCCAGCGAGGGAGUCAAGCAGUAUGCCGAGCACUGCACUUCCCGACUGCUCGAGCGCGAUUUCAGCAUUAAUUUCCGAGAUCAAAAGAUACGCACCAUAAUCAAGGCACGCGGACCUGCAUACCCCAAUCUGAAUAGCAAGACGACGGCAUCGGUGCGCGUGGAUCCCGUGCAUCAUAUGAUCUCGUUUGCCUCAAAGAUUGAACCAUCGCCGGAUUGGAUUGUUGGCGUCACCGGACUGGAGCUGUGCUUGCGCAACUGCACCUGGCUGGAGGCGAAGGUCAUCAAUUUGUAUCCCUGGGAUGUUGGCACAGAUGCGGGACCCAGCUAUAUAUCACCCGAUCAGCCGCAGGUGCCGCCAGAUGUGAUAAGACGCAUACGCUCAGAUUUUCCAAAUGAUCCGCGUUCGCCCUUCUACGAUGAGACGGGGGUGCCAAUGAAACCAAUGGCCAUGCUGACGGUGCGUCGACAACGCAUCUACGAGCGACGCUGUGUGGAUGAGGAAUCCAACAACGAUAUGGAUGUGACGCGUGAGUGCCUUACUCAUCCAUGGGCCAGUUGGAGCGAGUGUUCCAGCAAGUGUGGCGAGGGCAUGCAGUAUCGAAGACGCGUCUACAAGCAGCCAGAACUGGCGAGGAUCUACAAUUGCAAUGUGCCCCAAUAUGAGGAACGCGCCUGCGAGGGACUUGCCUGUGGUAUGAGCGAACCAAUGCGCAAUGCCGGUGACUUCGAUGAUGAGUUCAACAUGGGACAGAUUCCGCCAGGCUACAUCCAGCAGCACCAGCAGCAGCAGCAGCAGCGACGCGCCGAGUGUCAGUUGUCCAACUGGGGCAGCUGGAGUCCGUGCAGCGUUACCUGUGGCGAGGGCUAUCAGACACGCCAGCGCCAGUAUCUCAAUCCCAAUGCGGAGCUAAAAUGCCAGAGUGUCCAUCGACUGGAGCUGCAGGAAACGCGUCAGUGUGCGGGCCGUGCUUGCUUAGGCAAUUUAAAUGGUGCUGCUGCUGAUUUUGAGACACCAUAUCAAGAGCGGGAGCGAGGACGGCUGCCUGAGCCAGAGAACGAGUUGAAUAUCUUCAAUAGAAAUAGGAUGAACAACAAUUUUAAUCGAGAAUACGAUCAGGGUCAAGUCGAUUAUAGUCACCGUGAAUCCCCAUUCGAUGUGGCCAACUUGAAGGGCACUCAAGGCAGCCAGUGGGGUCAGGAACAAAAUCCUGCUGCACAGUGGCCACCACAACGACAAGUUCCCCAGCAGCCAAUAGCCCCAAAUUUUGGCCAGAUUCCGCCACGGCCGGAGGAUGUGGAGCAGACACCUUGGCAACGCCCCAGACCCGGAGAUAACUACAGGGAGGAGCAGCAGUUGCGAUACGACAACAGAGCUCCGACUGGAGCAGAAGCAAAUCCAUAUCCAGAUCAGGAACUCAAUCCAGCGCGCACACCUUGGCAAAGACCAGGCAAUGCCAACAUUUACAACAGAGCUUUUGAUGAGACAAGUGGGAAUAUUGGUAAUGAAAAUAAUUACCUGUCCAAGCGUUGCUUUCAAAUGCUGAGGACAAUUCAGCCACGCUGCCAGAAUCAAACGAUUGUUGGCCACUUUUGGUUCUACAAUUUCUGUGCGGAUGAGUGCAUGUUGUUUGCCGCCGAUCCGUGUGAUCGCAACGUGAACAAGUUUAGCAAGUGGGAGCAGUGCGAAGAGUGCCGCCAGCCCGAAUUCCAAAUGUUGCAGGAACAACGUUCCGCUUCGCAGGAAUGUCAUCUGAUUUUGGCCUCACAGCAAGCGCAGCAGCGAAACCGGCAAGGUGAGCGACAUUAUUCAAACAGAUGGCAAAAUAACGGCAAUCAGCAAUGGGGAUGAAAUGGUUUUAAGCCUAGUCUAAAUUUAUUUUCAAUGUUUCUUCAUUCUUUCACUACCACACAACUUAAAUUAUGCUUCGAACUGUUAACUUCAUAAAUAAAUCCUAUCGAAAUACAA